GCGGCGGUUGAGUGGCAGGCGCCUUGGAAGCCGGCGGGAGGAUCUCGCCUCUGGCGGCAGCUGAGCCCGCCGUUUCUUCCCGCCCAACCGAGACCCACCGGGGUGGGGGGCGUGGGGGGCGUGGAGGGGGGGGCGGGGGCUUUAUUGUCCCGGGUGGUGGGGGGCGAAGGAAGAAGAGAGAGAAAGAGAAGUGGCAAAUAGCUUCGCCCUGCUGGAGAAGGAGGAGGGCCAUUUAUCCCCCCCCCCCCAAUUAUACUCUUAAGUCUUAAGGGGAAACAGCUCAUUUUUGGGAGGAGGGGGUGUCUGAUUCUGAAAUUGGGUCUCCCCAUUCUUACAGCUCCCCCUGAUCUAUUGAAUAUGUUUUCCAAACUGGGGGUGAAGUUGUCCCUUUUCCUAGAAGAAUCACCUCUCCCCCCUCCCCUUUUAAGGAAGUGAAUAUAUUAUGCUCCCAUCUAUAUAUUAAGAGGAGGUAUCAAUUUCUUCUUUUUAUUACAGUAGUGAAUCUAGUAUGCUCCCAUGCAAAUAUAUGUACAAAGAGGAAGCAGGCUUUUUCUUUUUUUGAGUAGUGUACAUAGUAUACCCCCAUAUGUAUAUUAAGGGGAAGUGGGGUCAUUUUUCUGAAAGUUGGGCAUAUAAUAUGGUCCCCUAUAUAUAUUAAGGGGAAGAGGGCUAUCUCUAAAAGGUUUUCUCGGGCUUGUUUCCUUUAGCUUUCUCAGCACAGACUGCUGGUGCUGGGUCUUGGGAGGGUAACUUUGAUUGCAAACAGUCACACCUGUUGCCUCCUGCCUCCCCCCCCCCCAAAAAAAGACCAGGUGAUGGGGCCAGGCAACGGGAAGCCAAUGCACACCUGCACAUUUGUGACUCUGGCUCGGACUUUCCUGUUUGACUGAACUGGGCAGCGCCUUCCCCUCUUCCCCCAUCCCCUCCUGUCAUUCGGGCAGCAUGAAUUUUUCAGAGUGUUUUAAACUCUCCAGCCAGCUAUGCAAGUUUUCUCCGGAUGGAAAGUUCCUGGCCUCAGGCGUGCAGUACCGUUUGGUGGUCCGCAGCACAAACACGCUUCAAAUUCUGCAGCUCUUCACCUGCCUGGAUCAAAUCCAGCACAUCGAGUGGUCUUCGGAUUCGCUGUUUAUAUUAUGUGCAAUGUACAAGCGUGGGAUUGUGCAGGUCUGGUCCUUGGAGCAACCCGACUGGCACUGCAAGGUCGAUGAAGGCUCAGCGGGACUGGUGGCUUCUUGCUGGAGUCCGGACGGCCGUCACAUUCUCAACACCACCGAAUUCCACCUGCGGAUAACUGUCUGGUCCUUGUGUACCAAAUCUGUGUCUUAUAUCAAAUAUCCAAAGGCCUGUCAGCAGGGAAUAGCAUUCACGAAAGAUGGCCGCUAUAUGGCUCUGGCAGAGCGGAGAGACUGUAAGGAUUACAUCAGCCUCUUUGUCUGCAGCGAUUGGCAGCUUCUGAGGCAUUUCGACACUGAGACACAAGACAUAGCUGGAAUUGAAUGGGCCCCUAAUGGUUGUGUGCUGGCUGUGUGGGACACCUGCCUUGAGUAUAAAAUCUUGCUGUAUUCCCUCGACGGCCGUCUGCUGUCCACGUACCGGGCCUAUGAAUGGUCACUUGGCAUUAAAUCUGUCUCCUGGAGCCCUAGCAGCCAAUUCUUGGCAAUCGGCAGUUAUGAUGAAAAGGUGCGCAUUCUGAACCACGUGACUUGGAAAAAAAUUGCAGAUUUUGAGCAUCCCGUAACGGUUGCUAGCCCAAAGACAGUCGUGUAUAAAGAAACAGAAAAGUCGCCAGCGGUGGAAAUGGACAAACUUCUUUUCCCUCCUUCCAAGACAGAGGCAAGCUCUCUCUUCAGCACAAAGAGUAAAUAUGAAAUCACUCCGCUCCCUGUUUCUUUGCAUAAUGUCAAACCAGCAGCCGAUCGAGCAAAUCCUAGAAUUGGAGUUGGAAUGCUGGCUUUCAGCUCAGAUAACUGUUUCCUGGCAACCAGAAAUGAUAACAUCCCUAAUGCUGUCUGGAUCUGGGACAUGCAACAGAUGAAACUGUUUGUGGUCUUGGAGCAGCUGUGUACCGUUCAACUAUUUCAGUGGGAUCCCCAGCAGUCUCGACUUGCCAUAUGCACUGCAAAUAGCAGAGUAUAUCUAUGGUCCCCGGCCGGAUGUGUGUCUGUACAGGUGCCAAUGGAAGGUGACUUCCAGGUGAUUUCUCUGUGCUGGCACUCCAGUGGGAAUUCUUUGGCUCUCAUGAGUAAGGAAAAUUUCUGCUUGUGUUACUUGGAAAGCGAGGCAGAAGAGGUGAAAUAGCAGCACCAAAAGAAAGCUCAAAGCAAAAAUGGGAACUUGACGAAUGGAUUUGGCAGUGCUCUGUGGGAGGAAGCUCCUGAUGGGUUUGUGGUGAACUCUGUUUAGCACGGGAAAAUGGUGUAAUUUAAACUUCUGUAUAGAUGUGGCAGCACUAAUCAGUUGCUAUGUGAUAGGCUUUCUUUAAAUGAACGGGGCCAGGCAGACUAAAAAGUAGCAAAUUGAUCUUCAGCUUUGAGACCACUGGGUUUUAAUACAGUGUAUUUUUUUGAGUAUAUAAAUUAUUUAGUUGUCCUGAAAUGUCAAUAAACAAUUUGAUUAUGUAAA